UUCGUGCCUCCUACGUUCUUGCGCGCGCCGCGCGUUGCGGACGUUUCCACACCGCGUGCAUGAGUCCGGGAGAAAAGGCAGCCAAAGAGGGAUUAGAGCAUCAUCGAGUGGAGGUCAAAAAAUGAUAUUUCAUCAUCACUAUCAUCAUCAUCAUCAUCAUCAGUGCCUGGACUAUGUUUGCUGUCUAGACGCUGCAAUGGUACAUUGAUGCAACAGUUUUAGGCUGAGUGACCACCUUGUGAAGGCUGUGUGGGGGUCACCCCAGUCACUCCAUUGUGAGGCCACUCAGCGCACUGUGACCGAUCAUUCCAAACAGCAGCGGGCAGAAUGAAGCGACCUGGGGCCAUUUUCCUCCCCCUCCUCGUCUUCCUCUUCAUCUCUCUGAUGCAGCCCACACGUUCUGAGAGUUCCAACUGCGUCAUCAAGAGAGAGCAGGAGAGAUGCAUGGAGAGGAUCGCACUGCACGACCCCACACAGGACCAGGAGUUUGGCUGUGCUUGGGAGUGGGAUAACCUGACAUGUUGGCAGGCUGCCAGCGUAGGCGAGAUUGUCGUGGUCAACUGCCCUGAACUCUUUGGGUUUAUGAGUCCUGAGGAGGGCCUUGGCAAGAUCAGCAGGAACUGUACUGAAGACGGCUGGUCUGAAACUUACCCACAUUACGUGGACGCCUGCCUGCCUGAUGAGAAUGGCACCAAACCCGAUAUGUACUAUGCAUCGGUGAAGGCUCUUUAUACAGUGGGCUACAGCACCUCCCUGGUGUCCCUCACCACUGCUAUGGUCAUCCUUUGCAGGUUCAGGAAGCUGCACUGCACCAGGAACUUCAUCCACAUGAAUUUGUUUGUGUCGUUCAUCCUGCGAGCCAUCUCUGUCUUCAUUAAGGAUGGGGUAUUGUAUGCUGAGGAGGACAGUGACCACUGCUUUGUCCACACGGUGGCAUGUAAAGCGGUGAUGGUGUUCUUCCACUACUGUGUCAUGUCUAAUUACUUCUGGCUCUUCAUCGAAGGCCUGUAUCUCUUCACUCUGCUGGUGGAAACCUUUUUCCCAGAGAGGAGAUACUUCUACUGGUACACCAUCAUUGGCUGGGGAACCCCAACCAUUUGUGUGACGAUAUGGGCGGUUCUGCGGCUGCAUUUUGAUGACUCUGGCUGCUGGGAUAUGAAUGACAACACUGCCCUCUGGUGGGUGAUCAAGGGACCUGUCGUUGCUUCUAUUAUGAUUAACUUUGUGCUCUUCAUUGGGAUCAUCAUCAUCCUCGUCCAGAAGCUGCAGUCUCCAGACGUCGGAGGGAACGAGUCCAGCAUUUACCUCAGCUGUGCACAGAAAUGCUUCAGUGAGCCAGCACAGGCUGUCCAGCAUUCGUGCAGGAUGUCAGAGCUUUCUGCCAUCACCCUGAGGCUGGCCCGCUCCACCCUGCUGCUCAUCCCUCUGUUUGGCAUCCAUUACACUGUGUUUGCCUUUUCCCCUGAGGACGUCAGCAAGAGGGAGAGACUGGUGUUCGAACUGGGCCUCGGAUCUUUCCAGGGGUUUGUGGUAGCUGUGCUCUACUGUUUCCUGAAUGGAGAGGUGCAGUCGGAGAUCAAGAGGAAAUGGCGCAGCUGGACGGUGAACAGGUACUUUGCUGUGGACCUGAAGCAGCAGCGUCACCCUUCGCUAGCGAGCAGUGGGGUGAACGGGGGCACGCAGCUGUCCAUCCUGAGCAAGAGCAGCUCGCAGAUCCGCAUGUCCAGCCCCCAGGCCGAGAGUGCCAAUCUCAACCUGCCCACCUGAGCGCCUGAUUGGCUGCGCCCAACGUGACUCCUCCCCCAAAAGCCCGCCCCUCCGAUCCAACCGACUACAGCCAGGACAGUGUAGGGCCUUUAAGCGCUACUUACUGAUCUCUUUCAAGUAAAGAAACAAAUCAAUAAUCAUGAUACCUAAAAUUGUGAAAAUACAUAUUUUAUGGAGAAUGCUAAUAAAAGUGUCAAAAAAUCUCAGUAAGAUUCACACCAAGGAUAUACUUUGGAGCCAAACGUGUGCUCAGGCUUUAGGAAAACAGCAGUGCUUUCUAAUAGUAAUCCAAUUUUUGUGGAGAUUUCUGCCAAAUAGCACUCCGAAAAUUGAAGGCAGUACAGUUUCAGUCAUAUUUAUUGCAUAUUUUCAGCAUUUUCCUCCUUCUCAUUGGCAGCCAGUUUGACUGGAUGGACAGAGCACAUCCGACUACCUAUAAACGUUCAGAGU